CUUCUUUGGAAACAGUGACCAUUCACAACGGCCUUACAUUGCAAUCAUUGUGAAUAGGAAAAAUUGUGUGUAGCAAAAUACACAAUCGCCGAAUUUUAUCGCCGAUUGGUAUUCCCGUGAAAGUUUUUAUUAUACUCGUAUUAUUAUUAAAAAAUGGAUAUAUGUGGAAAUGUUUUGGUUUCAAAGGAUGUACUCAACUUUGCGCUUAAAUGUCUUUAUUGUGAAACGGAUAUAGAGGAAUGGGAGGCCUUUGUUAAUCAUAUACAAAGCCUACACAACACAAACUAUGAAGAGCCUUGUAUAGACCCGCUAGUAGAAUUGGACUAUAAGGAGAAUAUAGUAGUUGGAUUGAUAAAAGACGAAACUAUGACACCAAUUGACACAAACGAUCUUGCCAGUAAUGAUUCUGAUAUGAAAAUGGAAUUGCAAUCAGAUGGUGAAUCUGUUAAAUCCGAGCAUGACAACGAUACAUCCUCGGACGUGGAUCAAAGUCAAAAUAAUGAUGCGAAUUACAUUGACACCGAAACAGAUUCCUCUGAUGAAGACGAUAAGAAAAAUAUGACGAGUAAAAAAAAAUUUAAUCCUACAUUUUAUAGACGCAACACCAGCACAAAUAUUUUCAUUGAACUUUAUAAAAAAGCGCCAUGUUUAUGGGAUCCCAGUGAUGAUCAUUAUAAUAAUAGUGUAGCACGGGAAAAUUGUCAAAAAGAAAUAAUUGAGGAAAUGAAGAAGCGUUGUCAAGUUAUAUUGACUGAUCAAACAGUGAGAAGCUGUUUUCACAAAUUGCACAUGCAAUAUCAAGCAACACAUGAAGCAAAACAAAAAAAGACAAAGUCGAAAUCAAAAAAAUUACCAGGUGUUGUCAUGGAUUAUUUCGAGAAAUGUUCCUUUUUGUCUGUGGCAAAAGAUGAUUUUGCCAAAGAUGUAGAGGAGCCGCCCAACACAAAUACUAACUUAAGCUUUGCAAAACUAAAUCCUGUCACUGAGACAUUCAUUGAAACAUACGCGCUCUUCCCAGUAUUAUAUGAUACUAAGCAUGAAGAUUAUAAUAACUCCGGUGUUCGUAAACAAACCUAUAAGGAAAUGUCAAACAUCAUUAAAUCUAAACAAAACAUAGAAUUCAGUGAUGAUGAAAUUUAUAAGGGAAUCUACUACUUGCGUCAUUGGUAUUAUAAACUAAAAAAUCGACUUGAAAAAGAUUUAGCAGAGAAAGAUCUGUCCAGUGCUGCGCAGACUUAUAUGAAAAAGUGCAGUUUUCUGCCAACUAGAGCACCAAAUUUGAAAUUAAAAUGUACGGAAUGCAAUAAAGUUUUCCAAAAUGAGACGACGCGGCAAAGUCAUCUAUUUAGGCAGCACAAUAUCGGAGAUUGGCCACAUAAAUGUACAGAAUGUGGACGUACUUUUGAAUUCAAAGCAACAUUACUAAUGCAUGAGCAACGUAGUCAUGUGGGCAAAGUGCAUAAAUGUGAUUACUGUGAAAGGCGAUUUGCUGUACAAGUGGAUUUGCAACGGCACAUCGGCACACACACUGGUCAAAAGCCCUUCGUAUGCGAAUUAUGUGGCAAGGCAUUUCGCAGUAAAACUCAAUUGGGUUAUCACUCUGAUGCCAUACAUACGAAAACAAGAGCUUACAAGUGUACCAUGUGUCCGAAAGAUUUCUUGAAAGCGCGAGAUUUGAAAGAUCACAUAAAGGCGCAUCUUAAUAUACGCGAUAAAAUAUGUGAGACGUGUGGCAAAGGCUUCACCAAUUGCCAUUCACUUAUACGACAUAGACAAAUACAUUCCGAAGUAAAGAAAUUCGCUUGUAAAUUAUGUGAAGCGAAAUUCCACCAAUUUGUUGGUUUAAACUCGCAUAUGAAGCGGACGCAUGGUAUAGUUAAAAGUCAACAGAAGUCGUAAAAUUUACAGACUGCGAAGCUUUGUAUUAACUUGGAACUGGUGCGAAGCAAAACUACUUAAAUUUAAUUAGUGUAUUACAUACAUGUUGCAUGUGGCCAACAUUUAAUGAAUUAUGAUUAGUUAUAAUUAAGAACUACUCAAGCACUUCAAAGUCUAAUAGUUAUAUAGCUGAAAUACAGUUCAUUUGUAUUUAAGAAUUAGCACUUGCUCAUUUUGAAGGAAUUACCAUUACUCGUGUUUUUUUUUUGUAAGAAACUCAAUAUUGAUUGUUUAUCUGCAGGUUAUGACAAAUUAUAUGACAAAUAUGACUUUCCAAUAAGAAAUACAUAUAUAUACUUAUAUGCAAAAUUAUUUCUCGUAAACUAGCUUACUUUUUUUAAGUAUUUAUUAAAUGAUGUUGACAAACAAGUA